AUGUUCUUCAACGUCAAGGCUAUCGCCGUCGUUGCGGCCCUCCUCAACGUCGCCUUCGCGGUGCCCGUCGCUGAAACCAAUCCCGAGGUUGCCUCGGAGGCUAUAACGUUUGAUAAGCGGGCCGCCUCGUACGCCAUCUGGCUGGUGCGCGAUCAGAAGUUCGACUGGACCUUCAAGACUCCUUUCGCCGGUAAAGCGUGGUUCGGCUACGCGCUGUACGACGAUGGAUCGACCUGCGACCGCCGCUACAAUGAGAGGAUGGACAAAACCUACGGCGCACGUAACGACGCGGCUUUCGACCCAUCUCCGGACCGGCCGCUGAAGUUUAGCGACGUGAAGGGCUGCGGCACGGUCGACUUUUGGGUGGCGAACGGCGGCACCAACCUCGUAGCGUACAAGGCCGGCGGGAACGGCCAAAUGAUCGGUUACUGCUGGCCCAAGCGCUCAGAAAGCCAGGGACUCUGCAUGCCGUGGAACCAGUACACGCCCCAGUGGCCUUGCAUCCUCAACUAA